AUGGUGUUGCAAGAUCUGGGACGUCGCAUCAAUGCGGCGGUUUCCAACCUCACGCGUGAGCAGAAUCUAGACGAAAAGGCCUUCGAUGGUAUGCUCAAGGAGAUUUGCGCCGCUCUACUCGAAGCCGACGUAAACGUACGACUUGUUGGACAGCUCCGAAAAUCGAUCCGCGGUGCCGUCAACUUCAAAGAACUCCCGCCCGCCGUCAACAAGAAGCGUCUGAUUCAGAAAGCCGUUUUCGACGAACUGGUCAAACUCGUCGACCCCCAUGCCGAGCCUUUCAAGCCCAAGAAGGGCAAAUCCAACGUCAUCAUGUUUGUCGGUUUGCAGGGUGCCGGUAAAACGACGACAUGUACGAAGCUGGCGCGACACUACCAGAGCAGAGGAUUGCGGGCGUGCUUGGUUUGCGCCGAUACCUUUCGUGCCGGUGCUUUCGAUCAGCUGAAGCAGAAUGCGACAAAGGCUAAGAUUCCGUACUACGGUUCACUUACGGAGACGGACCCCGCUGCGGUUGCUCGAGCUGGUGUCGAGCAGUUCAAGAAGGAGAAAUUUGAUGUCAUCAUCGUCGAUACGUCAGGUCGACACCGACAGGAGUCCGCUUUGUUCCAAGAAAUGAUUGACAUCCAGGCAGCAGUCAACCCAGACGAAACCAUCAUGGUGCUGGAUGCAUCAAUAGGUCAGCAAGCCGAGUCUCAAGCCAAAGCUUUCAAGGAGGCAGCCGAUUUUGGUGCCAUCAUCAUCACCAAGACAGACGGUCACGCGCACGGUGGUGGUGCCAUUUCUGCAGUCGCAGCUACACAUACACCCAUUGUCUUUAUUGGUACUGGAGAGCACAUGCUAGAUCUAGAACGGUUUGAGCCUCAGCGGUUUGUCCAGAAACUAUUGGGAAUGGGUGAUAUGGCCGGCCUGGUGGAGCACGUGCAGAGCCUCAACCUGAACCAAAAAGACACAAUGAAACACAUUCAAGAGGGUAUCUUCACAGUACGAGACUUAAGAGACCAGCUUUCAAAUAUCAUGAAGAUGGGCCCCCUGUCAAAGAUGGCUGGCAUGAUUCCCGGUAUGAGCGGGCUGAUGCAGGGCAUGGACGACGAAGAGGGCGGUUUGAAGUUGAAGCGCAUGAUUUACAUUUGCGAUUCCAUGACCGACAAGGAACUCGACUCUGACGGCAAGAUGUUCAUCGACGAACCCACCCGAAUGACUCGUAUUGCUCGGGGAUCAGGCACUUCGGUCCGUGAGGUGGAAGAUUUGCUCACACAGCAGCGGAUGAUGGCCGGCAUGGCCAAGAAGAUGGGUGGCAACAUGAAGAACAUGCAGAGGGCACAGCAGGCCAUGGGAGGCGGAAACAAGGCACAACAACUGGCUGCCAUGCAGAAACGACUACAGAGUAUGGGCGGCGCUGGCGGCGCUGGAGGCAUGCCGGAUAUGGGAUCAUUAAUGAAGAUGCUUGGCGGUGGAGGCAUGCCCGGCGGUAUGGACAUGCAGGCGAUGAUGCGACAGAUGGGCAUGGGAGGCGGCGGCAUGCCUGGUAUGCCCGGUAUGCCCGGUAUGCCUGGAGCUGGCCGUGGUCGGAGGAUCGCGGAGGCGGAGGCGGAAGAGGCCGAGGCCGAGGCCGAGGUGACGGAUAUGGACGGGGACGAGGGGACGGUGGUGGCGGCCGAGGACGCGGUGAUGGAUUUGGACGUGGCAGAGGCGAUGGUGGAAGAGGAGGAGGAGCUCCAUUCCGAGGUGGCAGAGGUGGUGCUCCGCCGCAGAUUUUCUCGUGAGAAGAAUCCCCUUUCCUUAACACGUCUUGUCUCGUUACAGCCCAAAGACACCUACUCACACACCUUAUCCAGUCCUGCUGGCGGCGUCCCCGCUCCCGACAAAACCGUGACAAACACUGAAAACGCUCUUCUGUCCGGCAAGGGACUUGACCUCAGCACGCUGGGCCUGAAAGAAGCUUUCCCUCGCCGACCCAGCUAUGGAACAAAGGGAGCAGAAGUGGUGCUCUGGGCAAAUUAUGUUGCCAUGACGGCAUCCCCCAAGCUUGUUCUCUACCGAUAUGACAUCUCUGUUGCUCCCGCCGCUACGGGCAAGAAGCUGACGCAAAUCAUCCGCCUGGUGCUGGGGGCAUCGGAGCUGGCGGCCUACCAGCACGAUAUCGUCAGCGACUUCAAGUCUACUCUCAUCUGCCGACAGAAGUUUGCCGACUUGACAAUCACUGUGCCAUAUCAAAAAGAAGGCCAUGAGGAGCCGCGCGAGAAUGCCCCCAAGUACAAUGUCAAGCUUCAGCUUACCAAUACCCUGGCAACUUCGGAGCUGAUAAGCUACCUUACUUCAACGGAUCCAUCUGCCCAAUACGAUGAGAAGCUGCCUCUUAUCCAAGCAUUCAACAUUUUCGUUAAUCAUUAUGCAAAGACGUCCAACAAUCUCACCACCAUUGGAUCGGCAAAAGUCUUUUCUCUGGGCGCAGAUGCCGAUACUUGGGACCUUGGGAACUGCCUCACAGCCAUGCGUGGCUUCUUUGCCAGUGUUCGUGCGGCAACAGCUCGCGUGCUUGUCAACGUCAAUCCUACCCACGCUGCCUUCUUUCAACAAGGUCCUCUUGAACAAUUCAUUACUCAGCUUGGCAGCUUUCAGCGGAAUAUUUACAGACAAGCAGCAUUUAUCAAUAAACUCAAAGUCAGAACUACUCAUCUAAAAGACAAGACAGACAAGCAGGGCAAGCCAAUCCCACGCAUCAAAACCAUCUUUGGCUAUGCCACCAAAAACGAUGGCCACGGCCUCGAGCAUCCUCCUAGGGUCAAGGCAUUUGGAAGCGGACCCAAAGAUGUCGAGUUUUGGCUUGAAGGGUCCCCCCAAAAAGGCCAAUCUCAAUCCACCCCUGCGUCUGACCGCAAGAAAAAGGGCGGCAAGGGCGGCGGCCCGCAGAGCGCGGCUGGGUCAUCCGCAGGACAGUACAUCUCUGUUUAUGAUUUCUUCGUCAGAACUUACAAUAUCCGUAUAAACGACCCAAGGUUGCCAGUCGUCAAUGUUGGAAAUAGGGAGCAUCCAACGUAUUUGCCGGUUCAAGUCUGCCACGUGCUGCCUGGCCAGCCUUCCAACUCCAAACUUGACCCGUCUCAGACUCAGCAGAUGAUUCGAUUUGCUGUCAAGAGGCCGGCGGAAAAUGCGACAUUUAUUGUUUCCAGGGGACUGCAGACUACUGGUCUAUCCUCUGAAGUGAACUCUUUGUUGAGCCAAUUUGGUGCCAAUGUCUCCCCCAACCUCAUUACUGUGCCUGGCCGCGUCCUUAUGGGACCAAAGGUCAACUAUGGCCAGAAUCAGCAAGUAUCAACAUUUGGGGGCAGCUGGAAUCUGGUACCAAGGAAUGCCCCAAGCCUGAAAUUCAGCACCUGCGGCAGCGUGCAGAAGUGGUCUUGCUUAUACAUUGAAAUGCCCAAUGAUUACCCAAGGGCGCAGCAAUUCAGCCCGCAGGACCUCAACAAUAUCAUACAAAACUUCCACCGGGUUCUGCAGGAGACCGGCAUUGCUGCGAGCACACCUCUUCUUCCAUUUCAGCGACUGCAGCUGGAUGGCACAGAUGACGCUCCACUUGAGGAAUUGUUCAAGCGUGCCGCAUCGUCGCUGCAGCUGCUCUUCAUCAUCCUGCCUCACACUCCCAUUCCGCUAUAUAAUCGUAUCAAACUUUUGGGAGAUGUCAAGUAUGGCGUCCAUACCAUCUGCAGCGUCGGUUCGAAAAUUGCCAAACCUAAUGGGCAAGAUCAAUAUCUUCGCAACCUGGCGCUCAAAUUCAACUUGAAGCUCGGCGGCAACAACCAUCUCGUUGACCCUUCACGCCUGGGGCUUGUUUCUGAAGACAAGACUAUGAUUGUAGGCAUUGAUGUAACUCAUCCGUCUCCAGGUUCCAAGAAUGCUCCCAGUGUAGCCGGUGUGGUUGCCAGCGUAGACCGGUGGCUUGGCCAGUGGCCUUCGGUCCUCAGCAUCCAGAAAAGCCGCAAAGAAAUGGUUACGGAGCUUGGUAUAAUGUUGAAAUCGCGCCUCGAACUGUGGCGAAAAAGGGCUAAACAUACCGCAUAUCCCGAAAACAUCAUCAUUUACCGGGACGGCGUCUCAGAAGGCCAGUACCAGUCGGUGUUGGACGAGGAGCUGCCGCAGAUACGCGCGGCUUGCAAGGAGGUUUACCCGGUUGCUGAUCAAAAGAAAGGCCUGCCGCGUUUGACUAUCGCUGUUGUGGGAAAGCGUCAUCAUACGCGUUUCUAUCCUACUGCAGCUGCUGACGCUGACAAUUCUGGCAACACCAAAUCUGGCACCGUGGUCGACCGAGGCGUGACCGAGGCCCGCAACUGGGACUUUUUCCUCCAGGCGCACACCGCGUUGCAGGGAACCGCGCGGCCAGGGCACUACUAUGUCGUGCUUGAUGAGAUCUUCCGCCAGAGGUUUGCGAAGACGCCAGGCAAGAAUAUUGCAGAUGAGUUCCAGGAUUUGACUCAGAGCAUGUGCUACAUAUUUGGCCGGGCCACCAAGGCGGUGAGUUACUGCACGCCGGCGUACUAUGCCGACAUUCUAUGUGAGCGUGCGCGCUGCUAUCUCAGUCACCUGUUUGAUACGCCGAUUAAUUCAGCGACACCGUCGGUGGCAGAGGGUGCGGAGGGCCAUGCGGCGUCUGGGCAGGACGUGCAGAUUCACGAGAGGCUAAAGAAUAGCAUGUUUUACAUUUGA